AUGUUUGCUAAGAUUGUUGCCGUUCUGUGCUUCUUCGGUUUGGCUUACGCCAACAUUGAGUACACGGGUCUCGGUUACGGGGCUGCCGGGUACGGUGCUCUCGGCUAUGGAGGGUACGGGGCAUACGGAGCCGCCCCCCUCGUGUCUGCCGCAUCAUAUGGCUACAGCCCUGCAGCGGCUUAUGCCGGAUAUGCUGGAUACGGGCUCAAUGGUUACGGAUACGGCCGAUUGGGCUGGUGA